AUGUAUGGUCAGUUAGUAAUGGGUUUGUUAUUUAAGAGAAGGGAAGAAUCUGCUAAGUGGAAUCAAAAUGAUUUGGUCCCUGCUGCUGUUAAGUUGAUAAAUAAGAUGCUUGACUUGGUUGGGAAGUUUGAUACAGAAGGAAGUGUGGUUGGACAGGUUUAUUUGGUAACUAAUGUGUCUACCAAGAAAAUUUUCACAGUGAACAUUGUAGACAAACAAUGCACUUGUUUGCAAUGGCAGCUAAGGGGAUUCCCUUGUCAACAUGCUGUAUGUGCAUUGAAACUGCUCAGGCCAAACUGGAAAGAUUAUUGUGCUCCUUACUACUCUGUGGAAUAUUAUAGGACCAUAUAUGCAGAUGCUGUAAAUCCACUAGAAGACAUAAGUGAAUGGAACUGGGAAGAUAAGGCAUCCAUGGACAUCAACUUAAAGCCUCCUCCUUAUCAAAGAAAAACUGGAAGACCAGCAAAGAAGAGGAAGAGGAGCUAUGAUGAACCUGAAACUGUGGUGAAGAAAAGGAAAUGUGGAAAGUGUGGAUCUACUGCUGGUCAUAAUAAGAGAACCUGUGCUGGUGGUGAUGUUGGUAAAAACCCAACUGGAUUCAUGCCAAGCACCGAGUAUGAUGCUGCAAACUGCACCUUCACUAGUAGAGAUCAUCCUGAAAGUAGCAGUGCAAGGGGUAAAGCAAAGGUGAACAAAUCCAGAGGUACAUCUUCAUUUGUUGGUGAGUCAACAGGACCUAAAAACUUUGGAAGAGCACCAACAGAACCUAGCACCCAUGGAUCUACACAAGAUGUUCUGAAUUUCAGUCAGAACUUUACUGGUAUUGGAUCUGUUAGUCAACAUAUUCCUGUCACAAAGGGAAAGCAAAGCAAGGCUAAGAAGAAGUAGAAGUGUGUGUGUGCUUCUUGUUGUGUUAGAUCUUUUUUUUUUGCUUUAGACACUGA